GGGCAUAAUAGAAACUAGGGAGCCAAGAGACAGAAUAUGGGGGUGCUGAGGUUUCUGAGGAUGGGAGCAAAGGGAGAUAGGGAUCCCAGGAGCCAGGAGGGGAAUAGUGCUCUAAGGUAUAGGAGUCAGGGCUUGGGGCCCAGAGGCCAUCAUUUUCCCCCAACUGAGAAAAUGCGCUUGAGACGAAGUGAACUGGACCCACGCAUUGAGAACUCUAGCGCUAUGCUAAAGCUGGGGCAAAGGCAGAGUGGAGGCAACACCCACCACCCCACAACCACUGGGAGUGUCUCCAAGGCCAGCUGCUGCUCCCUAGCUUCCCCUCCAGGGGUGUCAGGCCAGUGGCAGCAACUCUUUCCCUGGCCCCCGAAGCUGCAGAGACCACAGGCCCAGACACAGUUCAGGCAGCCACAGAACCACUGAGACAGCUCCCUCCCCAGCACCCCUCCCUCCGGAAAGAAGCCCAGACACAUCCGUUGUAGUUCAGAAACGACCUAGGGCUCCAGAAAGACUCAGUCAGUGGGAGAAUGAAGCCCCUUUCCUCAAGUCAUUGUCUUUUGAUGCCAAACCAUCAUGCCCUCGGUACCCUGGGCCAUCUUUGGAGCCUGACAGCCAGCCCAGGCUUAGGAGACAGAGUGACCUGUUUUCAAAUCUUGACCAUCCCUGACUGGGUGCAUGGCCUUCAACAUGCGCUUCUCUGAGCCUCACUUUCCUCCUCUGUAGAAUGGAGGGGUGAUGCCUGCCUGGGCAACCCUACAUGGUUGCAAUAAGGAUAUAUUAAAACAUGCAACUAUUGCUGGAAAAGCACAAGUGACAGGGGACAUAAGGUCCCUCCCUUCCUGUCAUCUAGUCCCACAAAUGGUUCCCAAGUCCCCUGGGCACACCUGAGCUUGUCCUGGACCCGCCCUCCCUGCUCUCCCCCACCCCAGGGUCCCCAGCUCCUGAUCCAACAGCACCAUCCCCCCUCCAUCCCAUCUCUUGUACUUCCAGUCCUUGGAGGGUCCACCUGAUGGGCCACAAUCACUGAUGGGCCAGAAAAACAUGCUCUAACUCUGCAUGCUCCGUCUGGAGAUUCCACCAAAAAUCUGCACUUGGGAUGGAGGCCGAGGUGAUCCACUGCUCCCGAUGGGAGUGGUCCACCCCGCAGUGUGCUCAGCUGAAAAAAGGGUUGGGAACCCAGGUCUAAGAGAGCUGACGGAGCCAAGCAAAAGAAGAGAAACGAGCAGAACCGGUCUGGGGUCCAGCAGAGUCCAGCUUGGGGGUUCAGCUCAGGGGCAUGAAGAGUCUUUGAGAUGGCAGUGAAGAUGAUUCCCAUGAUGGUAAACGUCUCAAUGUUGAUGAUAAGAUACUAACGUUGCCAACAGGGGAAGAUGCCCACCAUAUGGCCAUUUAAUUCAUUUAAGCCUCCUGAGUUGGGAACUAUUAACCUCUCCAUUCUUUAGAUGAAGACACUGAGACUCAGAGAUGCUCAGUAACUUCCCUCAGGGAACACAGGGAUGGGAUUCUGACUCAGUCUGUCUCCCUUGCACAGUGCACCACACUGCCUGCCGUGCUGAGGGAUGAGAGUCUCCGGACAGGGGCACCAUGGGACAGAGGACAGCAGGAUCCUAAGACCAUGGGUACAGAAAUGUUAAAAGGUACCUGGCCAAGCUGUCAUCGGUGGGGAGCAUCUCCGAGGAGGAGACCUGCGAGAAGCUCAAGGGUCUGAUUCAGAGGCAGGUGCAGAUGUGCAAGCGGAACCUGGAGGUGAUGGACUCCGUGCGCCGCGGCGCCCAGCUGGCCAUCGAGGAGUGCCAGUACCAGUUCCGGAACCGGCGCUGGAACUGCUCCACGCUCGACUCCCUGCCCGUCUUCGGCAAGGUGGUGACGCAAGGGACUCGGGAGGCGGCCUUCGUGUACGCCAUCUCUUCAGCAGGUGUGGCCUUUGCGGUGACGCGGGCAUGCAGCAGUGGGGAGCUGGAAAAGUGUGGCUGUGACCGGACAGUGCACGGGGUCAGCCCACAGGGCUUCCAGUGGUCAGGAUGCUCGGACAACAUCGCCUACGGCGUGGCCUUCUCACAGUCGUUUGUGGACGUACGGGAGAGAAGCAAGGGGGCCUCGUCCAGCCGGGCCCUCAUGAACCUCCACAACAACGAGGCUGGCAGGAAGGCCAUCCUGACACACAUGCGGGUGGAGUGCAAGUGCCACGGGGUGUCGGGCUCCUGCGAGGUAAAGACGUGCUGGCGAGCCGUGCCGCCCUUCCGCCAGGUGGGCCACGCACUGAAGGAGAAGUUUGAUGGCGCCACCGAGGUGGAGCCACGCCGUGUGGGCUCCUCCAGGGCGCUGGUGCCUCGCAAUGCACAGUUCAAGCCGCACACGGACGAGGACUUGGUGUACUUGGAGCCCAGCCCAGACUUCUGCGAACAGGACGUGCGCAGUGGUGUGCUGGGCACGAGGGGCCGCACCUGCAACAAGACGUCCAAGGCCAUCGAUGGCUGCGAGCUGCUAUGCUGCGGCCGGGGCUUCCACACAGCUCAGGUGGAGCUGGCUGAGCGCUGCAGCUGCAAAUUCCACUGGUGCUGCUUCGUCAAGUGCCGGCAGUGCCAGCGGCUGGUGGAGCUGCACACGUGCCGGUGACUGCCGCCCCGCCCUGUGCCCAGCAACCACCUAGUGGCCCAGGGAAGGCCGAUAAUUUAAACAGUCCCCCACCACCUACCCCAAAAGAUACUGGUUGUAUUUUUUGUUUUGGUUUGGUUUUUGGGUCCUCAUGUUAUUUAUUGCCGAAACCAGGCAGGCAACCCCAAGGGCACCAACCGAGGCCUCCCUGAAGCCUGGGCCUUCGUGGCUGCCACUGACCAAAGGGACCUUGCUCAUGCCUCUGGCUGUCCACAUGUGGCUGCUGCUGACCACUCAGUUGUUAUCUGUAUGCAUUUUUCUACUUGCAGACUUAAGGUGGGUAAUGAGUGUUACAGCCACAUGCCUACUGACCCUGCCAUCUAAGAAGUGGCCCUAUGGCAGGGGAAAUCGAUGCCAUCUUGAUGGAAGUUGCACCCACACAUACACACGAACCCCUGGCAGCUUCAGCCUGGUAGCCUUGUCUCUGAAGCCCCCUGGAAAGGGAAUGGGCAAAUACCAGGUCAAGGGUAAAGGGUCAAUUUCAGCCCUCCAUGAGCCACUGGAGGUUCAACCUCUGUGAGACCUUCCAGGCAGGAAGAGCAGGUGAGAUGAGGGCAAGAGAAGGCUACAGUGCCACCCCAAAGCCAGCCCGCCCAGCAUCCCCCUCAAAGACGGAACCCCCCACUGCCUGGUCCUCCAGGCAGGAGUACAGGCUGCCGAUCCUCUGCAGUGAUGCCCCGUGUGUCUCCUCUUCACGGUGCUCCUCCUCUGUGAAGCUAGGAAUGGAAAUCACACAUGCAGGAAAGGCCGUGCAAAAAAGCCCUCUCCCAACUAUUAUUUCACUCAUUCACCAAAUGUAUUCAGCAAAAACUAUGUUCUAGGCCCUGUACUGAGCCAUCUCACUGGAUGACCAUAACAGUCCUGGGAUGCUUGUGCCCAUUUUACAGCAGAGAGGGCAGUGCUCAGCAGGGGCCCCAAGCAAGCUGGGUGCAGAGGCAGAGCCAGAAGAGCCCUCUAGUCAAGAUUCCUCCUGGAUGCCUGUGCCCAAAAACCCAGAAACUGCAGGUCUCUUUGGAGGUCUGAGUCUUGGGGAGGGGGCCCUCGCUGGAGGAAGAGGGGCCAGGAAGCAGCAAGAGCCACAGACUACAGGCUGAGCUAGAGCUCACAUGGGUCCUGAGGGCAGAGCAGGCUCUGAGGGAAGAGGUAGACAGCUAGAAGGCUGACGAAGUGAGGUCUCAGCAGCUAAGACACCCCUGGCCCCCGGUACCAUGGGUACUGAAGAAGAGGCGCCCAGGGGCAGCAGCAGCAGCCCAGGCCUGCCCCUGUGCACCAGCCAAACCGUCAGGAGCCCAGCCCAAACUUCUGUGAGCAGGACAUGCACACAAGACCUGGCCCGACCCAAGUGCUUCUCAGGUGGGCUCGCCACCACCAGAGGAACUCGCUGUCAGCCCAGUCUCCAAGCUGCCCUCACAGUGGGGCUCUAGGCUCCUGGUUUAAGGUCUUGAGCUCUGGGAUUCCCAUUGGAAGUUCUCAGCCCCUAGGCUUUUGGCUCCAGGGUUCAGCAUCUGAAUUCAAAUCCCAGAUUCAGAAUAUGGGCUCCAGCCGGUAUAAGCUCUCCUCCAGGCCUUGUGGUUUGUGCCUCCUGGUGUUGGCUCCCUCAGGAAGAAAGGGUCAACACCCCUGGCCCCCCGGCAAGCUCUCUGCUCAAUGUCCAUCCAAGAAGAAGGCCAAAACCAAGUGAGAUGCUGGAGCCACAUUUCAAUGUGGGGAUAAUCUUGGGGCAGGAAGGCUCUGAUGUGGAUGAAAGCUGAGCCGACAGAGUGUCCCCACAGCUGCCCAGCUGGGCUUACCACUCCUCUGGCGGGCUCUGUUCAGCCAUCCGCUCAGUGCCAGGGAAAAUACUAUCCCUCACUGGUAGAGACCAGACCCAAACCAGGAGGCAGUGGAGACCACUCCCUCUCCAGAGCCAGGGCUGAGCCACUCUCCUCCACCCCAGGUCCUGUCCUCAGAAGCAGCGGAAGAGUAGGUCUAGGCUGGGUGCUGGUAGGAUGCGUACUGCCCCAGGAAGAAUGGAGACGGUCUGUGCCUGUUGGUAGGCUUCACCCUUUCACCUGCCAGGGAGCUCCUCAAAGCUGAUCCUCCUGGAGCUGUAAGGAUGGAACCUCAGGGAAGCAGACUAGAUUCUAGGAACCUCUGCCCUGCCCUACCACUACCAGUACCCCAAAGCCCCAAGGGAUCCACAGCCAAGGAGAAUGGAGUUUCCUUGGACACACCCCCCUCCAAACUGUCCCAAAUAGAGAAGGAACCAGCACAGGCCUGACACAGUCCACCCACUCUGGAAGCUGGCCAGAGGGUCCAAGUCCUGCCCGAAACCUUCUCCACUAGUCUUGCCACAAGGCAAAAGUGAUGUCCUCUGAGGCCUAGGGCUGGAUCAGCCCCAGCUCUGGAUGCUGCUACCCUCUCUGCUGCCCCCACCCCAUCCUCCAAUUUUUAUACUAGGCUCCUUGCAAUUGUGACAUCCCCAUGAAAUAGCCUGAUGCACGAUAAAAUGAUUAUUUCUUUA